AAUAUGGAGAAUUUUGAAGAGCUUAAAAGAGCAGUGGACAGCGUAGAAAUGGUAGAUGCUCAUGCACACAACAUUGUGGCGCUCGACUCCACUCUCCCUUUCCUUAGCUGCUUCUCUCAAUCUGUAGGAGGCAAAACUGCAUCUGAUUUCCCUAAUUCCGCCGACUUCAAGGUGAAUCUAAAUGAAAUUUGUGAACUGUAUGGCUCAAGCUUAUCCUUGGAUGCUGUUGAGGAAUCUCGUCGAUGCUUAGGGUUGGAGGCGAGUGCUGCAGUUUGCUUUAAAGCUGCAAGAAUUGUUAUCUUACUUAUUGACGAUGGAAUUAAAUUGGACAAAAAACUUGAUGUCAAAUGGCAUGAAAGACUUGUACCAACAGUUGGUAGAAUACUACAAGUUGAGCAUGUUGCUGAAAAUAUCCUAGAGAAGGGUUCAAAAGGGAAUUUGUGGACACUGAGUUCAUUUAUGGAGAUUUUCACUAAGGAACUGAAGUCAGAAGGUGAUAAAGUUGUUGCCUUUAAAAGUAUUAUUGCACAUCGUAGUGGCCUUGCAAUUAAUACAAAAGUCACACAAAAGGAGGCUGAGGAGGGUCUGAAUGACAUUUUAUGUGCCAGGAAGUCAGUCAGAAUCUCAAACAAGAGCUUUAGUGAUUAUAUCUUUAUGCAUGCUUUGGAGGUUGCUCAAAAUUUUGACUUGCCAAUGCAGAUAGACACAAGUUUAGAGGAGAAGGAUUUGGAUCUUAGGCCAGGGAAUCCCCUUAAUCUUCGCAAUCUUCUUGAGGAUAAGAGAUUCACUAAGAAUCGAUUAGUGCUUUUACAUGCAUCAUUCCCUUUCUUAAAGGAAGCUUCAUAUCUUGCUUCCAUCUACCCUCAAGUCUAUCUUGAUUUUGGCUUGAGGAUUCCUAAGCCUAACUUCGAUGGGUUGGUGUCCUCAGUGAAAGAAAUUCUAGACCUUGCUCCUGUCAAUAAGGUCAUGAUCAACAGUAGUGGCAUCGCAUUUGCUGAAACAUUUUACCUAGGUGCAAAGAAAGCACGUGAAGUGGUAUUCAAUGUCCUAUGGGAUGCAUGCGUCCAUGAUGAACUUUCAAUUACAGAAGCUAUUGCACUUGUUAAAGCUAUUUUUGCAGAAAAUGCAAAGCAAUUCUACAAGCUUGAUGCUUCAUCAAGAUAUUCUGAUGUAGAACCUCAGUCUUUAUCAUAUCCCUUCAAAAAGGAAGAGUUAAAUGGUCCAUUGACAGAUGUUACAGCUGUUCGCAUUAUUUGGUUAGAUUUCUCUGCUCAACAUAGAUGCCGUGUUGUUCCCCAACAUCGCUACUAUAGUUGUGUGAAGAAACAUGGUGUUGGCUUAACUGUUGAAUGUAUGAGAUUGAGUUCAAUAUCUGAUGAUCUAUGUGAAGAACAUUCGCUUCCUUCCUCAGGUGAGGUCAGAGUUGUUCCGGACUUAUCGACCAAAUACAGAAUCCCCUGCUUCACCAACUUUUCUGACGCAGACAGCUUUUACAGCUGUACCGCACUUUGA